AUGGCAUUCGAAAUACGUAAAAUCACACAAGUAGGAAUAGUGCAUCGUUGUGUCUGUACAUGGACCACAGCGCGUGGGCUUAGUCAGGCUACCGCUCAGCUGGCGCAGGGAUGUAGAGGAUGGGGGAACCGAGGAGGCAAGACAUCCAUCACGGCAACUCUCGCCAUCACCGUACAUGCAAGUAGAGGAAACAAGAAGCAGGGAGGGAGAAAGGAAAAAAAAAACCACCUCGCGGUCUAUCCCGAGAGGUCCGGUCCACGCCGACCCCCGGCCCGCCGCCCUUCGGUGACUGCCUGUGCCUACCUAAGCGGCCGGCCCUCCCAGAACGGGGUCACCGCCCCUUGGGCCCCUGACUCGGCGGACGAUGGGAAAAGGAAAAAAAAGGGCAAAAAAUAA